AUGGGGAACCAAGAAUCCCUCUUUACAGGCUCGGUCUCUUAUCCAGCCUUACCACCAGCCCCCAUGGCCCACCACCACCCCUCUUCCCCCCACCGUCCACCACCACCAUCAGCCCCCACCGUCCACCACCACCAUCAGCCCCCACCGUCCACCACCACCAUCAGCCCCCACCGUCCACCACCACCACCAGCCCCCACCGUCCACCACCACCAUCAGCCCCCACCGUCCACCACCACCAUCAGCCCCCACCGUCCACCACCACCAUCAGCCCCCACCGUCCACCACCACCAUCAGCCCCCACCGUCCACCACCACCACCAGCCCCCACCAUCCACUUCUGACUCACAAACACCCCCAUCACCACCAGCCCCCACCGUCCACCACCCCCACGGUCCACCACCACCAGCCCCCACCGUCCACCACCCCCACGGUCCACCACCACCAGCCCCCUCCCCCCCACGGUCCACCACCACCAGCCCCCUCCCCCCCACGGGCAGUGAUGGUUCAGUGGCAGAAUUCUCGCCUUCCAUGCGAGAAACCUGAGUUUGAUUCCCGGCCAACACACCUCAAGCGCAGCCGCCGCCCAUCUGCCAAUGGAGGCUUAGGUGCCGUCCCGGCCUGCGCACCUGAAGACACCGCCGACCAACGGCGGAAGACACCGAGCUCUCACCGGGCCGCCGCCGCCGCCCCUCGCCGUGAGCGCCCGAGGCUCCGCCACCCACGGCGCGGCCUCCCCGACGGCCGCCACCUGUCCGGCCCCACCCGGGCGCCCAGCCUGCCGCCUCCGCGCACCCGCCCACAGGACACCCUCUCCCGGCGCGGCCGGCCCGACGCAGCCCUUUCUCCCCCACUCGCCCGGCCCAGCUCCCUCAGGCGCCCGGCUCGGCCCGUGGGCGGCGGGGGGGAGAAGGGAGCGGCCGCAGCCAAUCCCGACCUCGCCGGGCCUGCGGCGCCCCUCGCACGGCAAGAAGCCGUCCCCGCGGCCGGCGGCCCGGGGGCCCUCGGAAGCCCCGGGGAGCAGGGACCCAGAGGCCGGGCGGCGGGCGGCGGGCGCCGGGGCCUACUCACCGGGAGCUGGCGGAGCCUGAGGGCCGGCGCGCCCCCGGCGCCGCCGCCGCCGCCGCCGCUGCAGCAGCUUCGCCACCUCGGCCGCCAUCUUGACUCAACCCCUCUCCCUCCCCCAGCCCGGGCGGCCGCGGCUCAGGCGGCUUCGGCGCCGGCUCCUCCUCCUUCCGGAGGGCUGGGAGGCCAACUCCCUCCGCCGGCCGCGCGGCCCUUGCCUCGGGCGGGCCCUGUGAGUCGUGGCGCGCCCGCUUUCCUCAGCGCUCCCCUCCAGCCGAGACUGGCCCGGGCGGCGCCGUGCCUGGCCGGACCCUCCGCGGCCGCUCUCUCGCCCCGGGGCUGGCGUGUCCACCGCGAGCCGAUCCGGGCCUUCCACCAGGCGUGGGAAAGGGAAGGGCUCGAGCCCGAACCUUGGCCCAGCAGGCCCGGACCUCGGCCCGGCAAGCCCUCCGCGGCCCAGCAGGCCCGGACCUCGGCCCGGGAAGCCCUCCGCGGCCCAGCAGGCCCGGACCUCGGCCGGGCAAGCCCUCCGCGGCCCAGCAGGCCCGGACCUCGGCCCGGCAAGCCCUCCGCGGCCCAGCAGGCCCGGACCUCGGCCCGGGAAGCCCUCCGCGGCCCAGCAGGCCCGGACCUCGGCCGGGCAAGCCCUCCGCGGCCCAGCAGGCCCGGACCUCGGCCCGGGAAGCCCUCCGCGGCCCAGCAGGCCCGGACCUCGGUCCGGGAAGUCCUCCGCGGCCCAGCAGGCCCAGACCUCGGCCCGGGAAGUCCUCCGCGGCCCAGCGGGACGGCGGCGGCCUCAGAGCCUGGGCUGCGGAGGGUGAAGCCGCAGCCCACGAGGCUGGGGCUGGCGGGGCUGCACGUCCAUCUAGCUGACGACCUUUGCUGGGGCUCGGACUCACUGAAAGGCGGGCGGGGUUCCCUAAGUCUUUCCUGA